AUGGUCACCCUCAAACCAGGCUGGCUGUUCGACUACGCGACAGGCACCCUGGCUGUCGACCCCAGCAAGCGCUCCGCCUUCGCCGCUGCAACCGUCCGUGGCGGCGUGGUCAACGCGCCGGCCCGCGACAUCCUCCCGCGCUUCGGCAUCCCCAUCCUGCCAACAUACGCCGCCUCUAUCCCCCUUCACGAAAACCACGACAUGAUGCAGGGCACGACCUCGGUGGACUGCAUUCACUAUUGCGCCCCGGGAAUGGGUGGAGCCAACAUGCGUAUUACGGUCCAGCCUCGCCUGCAGGUGGAGUCAUGGAGUCUUUACUGGAAAGAGUCGAUGGACACCAAGACUCAGGUCCUCGACCCCCUGACAGAUCUGGAGCUCCCAGCCGGCGCAACCGCCGCCGAUCUCGCACGCGCCGCUGCCGAGCGCCUCGGCUGGCGGCCGGCCGGCAAGCUGCUGCGGCUGGAGGGCUUCUCGGGCCCCUGGGACCGCUGCUUACUCAAUGGGCGGCUGCUUGGGGAGGGGGAGGCCUUGGAGGAGGCGGGGGUGAAGGAGGGGGAUGCUGUGACAUACGUUCGAGUGGAGCUCAUGGCAGAGGGCUGGAAG